AGGAGAAACCACUAGUGGCUGGCAGGUUAGCCAAACUGGUGUGUACAGUUGUAGGGAGUAACCCACCUCCUCAGGUCACCUGGUAUCAACAGGGUCAGCAGGUGACGCCCCUACACACCCAGGUUCAAGUGAGUGAGAACAUGACAGUCAGUGUUCUGCUGCUGCAGGUAGCUAGGGAUCACCAUGGAAGACAACUGGUGUGUCGAGCACAGCAUCCAACACUACCUCUAGCCACCCUGGAAGAUAUCUUCACUCUGGAUGUCUCCUACAAACCGAGCGUCAAUUUGACCCUGGGAAGGACGCUAGAUCCUAUGAACCUGAAGGAAGGUAUCGACCUCUUCUUUGAAUGCUCUGUUGAUGCUAAUCCUCCGCCUUACAAAGUCAGAUGGCUUCAUCAAGGUGAAGAGUUGGUUCACAACGUGAGUGCAGGAGUACUGGUGAGUGAAGCCACUCUUGCCUUACAGCGAGUGGGACGCCAGCGCUCCGGACGCUACCAGUGCGUUGCGUCCAACGUAGAGGGAGACGCUCACAGCAACACUAUCCACAUCGCUAUCAAAUAUGCCCCGAGAUGUGCCGUGGCUCCGGCUCUAAGAGGAGUGGCACUGUUUGAGUUAACUAACAUCACUUGUGCUGUGGACGCAGACCCAAUUAACGUCACGUUUAAGUGGACCUUUAACAACUCCGUCAGGAGAGACCAAAGUGAAGUCGUUAGCAGCAGAAGGUAUACGCAAGAGGGCCUGCGUAGUACGCUAUCAUAUACGCCCAUGUCGGAGAGAGACUACGGUACACUACUCUGCUUCGCUACCAACAAUGUUGGUGCUCAGAGUGAGCCUUGUUCGUUCACGAUCAUAUCUGCAGGUCCUCCUGAGGAAGUCAACAACUGCACGGUGCUUAAUGUUACAUCUCACUCAGCAAGUGUAAUCUGUAUGCCAGGUUUCGACGGAGGUCUUCCUCAGAGGUUUCUUCUACAGGUAUGGGAGGUGAACACUGGCCGCUUGGUGUUGAACGUAUCGGCGUCUACUCCCGUGUUCUCCGUAAAACCCUUAGAACCGGAUCGCAACUACCGCCUCGCAGUGGUUGCCUACAAUACACGUGGUCGUACCUCGCCAACCAGACGACAUAUACUCACUCUCAAGGAAGCAGAGAUGCACAAAAGUCUACCGUCCAUGGUGGAACCCUCUCCUCUGGUGCUGGUGAUGGGCGUGGUUGCAGGCGUGUUAGUGGUUGUGGGCGCGAUGCUACUAGCUCUCUGGCUCGUCAAAGAGAGAAGGACUCACGCCCAUAGGGAUGCCACCGUCACCCAGAUAGUCCUUAAAGACAACAAUCCUGACCUCUUGAGUGAGUCUUCCAUGUCUUCCUAUCAGAGAUAUGAGGAAGAUGCAGCCUCCCUGUAUGGUUCCUCCUCUCCUGAGGCAACAGAGAGGACGAGACUUACCUCUUCCUCUAAUUCCUCCUCCUCCAAGGGCGGCGGUGUAGGAGCCUCGGGAGGGAGGAGUGGAGGGAACCUAGGAGUAAGCCUUCUACGUAGAGAACUUGGAGGAGGAGGGAGGAGGAGGUUCCACCUCAGUGGGCACUGA